AUGGUCAGUAUCAAGAUUUUAGAUCCAAGACGAAGUAUUCGAGAACCUGGAACUGGAUAUUUCUAUAGAACAAUGACGGCAAAACUUUACCGUCAAGGAAUGGCCAUAGAACGGUGGGAUUUUGGGAAUGCUAAAAAAUAUUUAAGAGAUCCUGUCAAUGAUCCUGCUGGUUGCAAUGCGCCAAACUUGCCAGAUUUUCAGAUCACUAUUCCUAUAAAUGAAGUAUUUUGUGACCCACCAUUUCCUAUUCCACCUGCAUAUAUUCCAGUAAUCCCGGCAAACAUAACUGGUAACAAUUUUAUUAUUGACUUGUACCGGAUCCAGCGAAUCGCUUUAGACGCUAAUAUGUGA